AUGAAGUCCAUUCUCCUAGCUGCCGUCGCCGCCGGCGCCUCGGCGCACACCAUCUUCUCCUCGCUCGAGGUGGACGGGAAGAACUACGGCAUCGGCAACGGCGUCCGCGUGCCCUCGUACAACGGCCCCAUCCAGGACGUCACGUCCGACUCGAUCGCCUGCAACGGCCCACCGAACCCAACUUCGCCCACGGACACGGUGAUUGACGUGCAGGCCGGCGACACGGUGACGGCCGUGUGGCGCUACAUGCUGAGCACGACCGGCAGCGCGCCCAACGACAUUAUGGACUCGAGCCACAAGGGCCCCAUCAGCGCGUACCUCAAAAAGGUCGACGACGCCCGGACCGACAGCGGCGUCGGCGACGGCUGGUUCAAGAUCCAGGAGGACGGCCUCGACGCCAGCGGCGUGUGGGCCACCACCAAGAUCAUCAACGGCCAGGGGCUGCACCACAUCACCAUCCCCACGUGCAUCGAGCCGGGCCAGUACCUCCUCCGGGCGGAGAUGCUCGCGCUGCACGCGGCGAGUAGCUACCCUGGCGCGCAGUUCUACCAGGAGUGCGCGCAGAUCAACGUCAUUGGCGGCACGGGCACUGCGUCGCCCAGCACCGUGGCUCUGCCUGGCGCUUACCAGGGCUCUGACCCCGGUAUCACGCUCAGCAUCUACUGGCCUCCGGUGGAGAACUAUGUGAUUCCGGGACCUGACGUCUUCCAGUGCUAG